UACGAACAAACCACUUUGCGACUGUAUUGGAGGUUGAUUCAAAAUGGAGUAAGGUUAAGAAAACGCAAAGGAUUGAAUGCGGUUUUGUAUUCCAGUAAUCAACAUUGUGUGCAAUUUAUCUUCAACGAUCCAUGUGCGCAAGAAAAUACCGAGCCCGACAUAAUGACUGAAGACAAGAAGACAGGCUCUCUGGGCUUCUUUGCGAGUUACGACGAUUUGAGCGACAGUAGCGACUCGGACGAAGAGGCUGAGCGCCGCCGGAGAGAUCCGAGACACAAACCAGAGACCGAAGCAACGAGAAGUGAACCGAACUCUUCCGACCAAGAAAGCAAACGAGAAGCCAGUGAAAAUCGUUUGCCUAAACCAGACGAGCUCUUUAACUCGGUGUCCAAACCAACGUUUCUUUACAAUCCUCUGAAUAAGGAGAUCGACUGGGAUAAAUUGACGGUGAAAGCUCCCGAAGAGGCACCAAAGGAAUUUAAGCCAUGGAUGACAAAUGCUGUGCCCCCACCCCAAAGUUAUGCAGCGGAGCCUGAGAAGAAGAAGGGACCUCCUCCGGGUAUGGACAUGGCCAUAAAAUGGUCCAAUGUGUAUGAGGACAAUGGUGAAGAUGCACCAAAGGCUCACACAGGAAAAGCCCAGUUCCUUCCACCAGAAGAGCAACAUGUUGACUCAGAUGAGGAGUCCAAGACGUCACCUUCGUCAGCCAAGAAACGUAAGGUGGAGAGCUUCCAGCAAAAGGAGAAGCGGAAGAGAGACAUGGGACAGGCUACGUCUGACAAGAGUUUUGUUGAAGAGGAAAAAAGAAUCCUCCGACAAAAGAUUGAAUGAAAUCCAAAGUUGCCCCCAAAAGAAAUCGGUUUCAUUAUGAUCAUUAUUUUUAUUAACUUUUUAUGUUUCAUCAGUAAAGAGCACAUGGGGCAUUUAGAUCGAUGUCCUGAAUCGCAAUUGGACUGCAAAGAGUUUGAGUGCAACUGGACUAAAGUGUCUGUUGAGUGAUGUAAUUUAUCAAGGUGUUUGUUUUCAUGUUAGCUUUAUUGUCUUGGUGCACAAAUGCAGCCCGCUCACCAUUUUUAAUACUACUCUUCUAUUUACAUUCACAGUGACAGGCUGUCUUGAGCCAAUUCAUAGUACUCCAAAUAGCAGAUUUUGCGUCACCUUUCCUUGAUGCACCAAACGUGUCGUUUCAAUAAAAUUGUUACCAGAGAAGGUAAAUAAUUUGGGGGUUUUGCUAUGGUUGUGGAAAUUGUAGCAAGAAUUUGUAGUCCUAGUGAAUAGAAAUAAAAUCAAAUUAUUUUUAUUUGUAUUUCAUUUUCAGUUACAUAUCAUUAGCUAAACAAACGAUUGUGUAGCGGUCUGUUUUUAUCACAAGUUUUACUGAAUUCAGUGUUGUACAAUGAUCCCUCACCACUUCGGGCUUCAGUUUUGUGGCUUCAGUGUUUCGUGUGUGUUUUUUUUUUUUCAAUAUUAAAAAAGAAUUACAGCCAUAUCGGCACCCAUAUUGCGGAAAGACACGUUGUUUCAUGUUGAUGUGGCGAGAGAGCAGGUUUCCCUGCAUGCUGAACAAAAAGCUGCAGCUUGUCGGAGAUGGCACCAUUAAUAGAGACACAUUGCUUUCGCGCGGCGACGGGAGGUAGGGAGAGGGUAGUCCACAGGCUAAAAUGACAGCUGAAACUUUCAGCUCAGUCAGUUUUUUUCUUCACUAAAAAAAGCCCGUUGUCUGAUA